CAAUUUUCAACUCGACAGAAUAAUUCAAGAUAAUUGUAAAAUCAUCCGGUGUUCAGCGUUGAUGUAGGAUAAGGAAGCGACUUUGCUAGUUUAUCACUGCGUACGUUUAAAUUCGCAGGGUACUGCAAGUCAUCUAUUCCCUAUUAAAGUCGCAAGUCAUCUAUUCCGUAUUAAAGUGCCUCCUGCUUGUGAGUACAGUACCCGUUAUACAUCAAUUGAUCCGCAUCUAAAGCUCUGCAGUCGUUGGUUGAAGCAAAUUAGAUGGGCUGUUGCCAGCCUUGUUGUUUCGUUCCUUACGUAGGACAAUUUUAAAGUUGAAAAUGUUUAAAAUUGAUUAUACAAUGGAACUCGUCAGUCGCGUUUUGUGGUAGAAAGGAAUAGAGAGGAAAUAUGGGAGCGAAGAAAUUUUUCCUUUCUGUGGUUAUAUUUCUAUCAUGCCAUUUGUAUCUUUCUAACGUUGGAGCACUGGAAUUAAUGUCGUUUUCGCUGGUCACAACAACAUCUUCCUAUACGCUCGUCCCAGGGGGUCACAUUUCUUUCCAAUUUAAGUACGAGUUUGAUCAACCGAGAAAUUCAUCUUCAAAUGCCAUUGUCGUAACCUUCCAAGCACUGAUACGGUCUGUGAUGAUUGAUAAUUCGACAGCUGUAAUUGAUGACACGGGACAAACCAUUAAUUUUACCAUACCGUCUGCGACGUUUAACGUACACGGGUUUGGAGACCACGCCUGUAGAUUUACCCUCUCAUCCAACCCUUCAGACACACAAACUGUCACUACCACGGUGUCUUAUGAGGAAAAAAUAUCAUCUUUACAGAUAAGUUGCGACAACUUCCAAACGGUAGGCAUCCCAACAAAUGUAACACUUCAGUUGCAAUCAGGCUCCAACAUUAACCUGGCGUGGUAUAUUAAUGGACAAAGCACAACUACAGGUUCCAACAAUGGUAAUGGAGAAAGACAAAUUCAAACAUCUUUGUCGUUAAAUCCUAUUGGCCAAGUCACGAUAUCUGUCAACGUCUCUAAUUCGGUAUCGAGUGCGAAUGCCACGAAAGUUGUGAACAACUUCUACCAAAUCAAUGGUUUCUCAGUCAGCGGGACUCCAAGUACCCUGACUUCUGAUUCAGUGAUAACAGUAAAAAUAGCAUUGGGGGCCAAUUUACCACAGGGACAACUCUCAUUGCUAGUUUUGUACGGCGAUGGAACUUCAGAUACUCAAAAUGUAUCCUCUUCACAAUCGAAUCUUCAGACCGGACUAAACUUUUUUCAUCGUUUUACCUCACUUGGGUCACACCAGAUUACUUUGAAAAUUACAUCGCCAAUAGACUCCAAAAUUUAUAAUAGUACCAUCAUUGUUUAUGAUCCAAUAUCAACAGUCCAAGUCGAGUGUUCACCCUUCCAGAAAUUUGGAAGCCCAGUUGACUUUAAUGUCACACUACCUACAGGUUCGAAAAUACAACUUUUGGCGUAUAUCAACAAUGUAUUCAAAUUUAAUACAAGUUAUGAGACUCAUGGAAUGUACGUUAUAAACCAUUUGGUGAAUGAAGUUGGAACCGUGUUUACGUCUGUUAAUGCAUCUAAUCCUGUGUCUGAAGCGUAUUACAAUUUCACAUUCACAAAUCUUCAUGCAAUCAAUGGUUUUACACUCAGUGGAGAUGAAACUAUAUUAAAUUCAGAUGCUUUUAUUACCUUAAUGUUAGCAAGUGCAUCAAAUUUACCACAGGGAACGUUAGAAGUAGUUGUAAAUUUUAAUGAUUCUAUGCCUGAGUUAGUGACACAGAUUUCUUCAGAAAACGAAACUUUGCGAACUUCUGGUAUACAAUUUAAACGUUCAUUCAGUAGUGAAGGCAAUUACUCUGUCAAAGUACAGUUGACGUCACCCGUUGAUGUUAAAACGUUAACAACUCUAGUCCAAGUCAUGGAACCAAUAAAUAACAUUCAGAUAUUUUGCGACCAAUAUCAGACAUAUGGAGCACCUGUUCAUGUUACUGUCAACAUAAUAAACGGAUACAACGUAAACAUAAAAUGGCUUACAAACGGAAACAUAAUUAAACAAACGUUUCAUUCGGGGAAGGGAAUAAGAACAGUUACUAUCGACUUCAACCCAACCCUAACAGGUGAAGUCAAUAUGACUGCUCUAGCCUUUAACGGUGUAUCAGAGGCUUCGAGUUCAUUGGUAUUCCUUAUCUACUAUGCUAUCAAUGGAUUUUCUCUUCAAGUCCAUCCAUCAACUAUAUAUAAAAAUGCUAGUAUUUACUUGGUGAGAGAAAGCGCAGCAAACAGUCCACAAGGGCCCAUUUCUGUAUCUGUGCAGUAUGGUGAUGGGAAUAAUACUUUCCUUAGUAUCGAUGCAGAUAACGCUUCAUUCUUGGAUCCUGGUUAUCUAUUUGUUCACCAUUAUUCCGUCGAGGGACAUUACGAUGUAGUUGUUAAUAUUACAUCUCCUGUUGACCAGAACGUUUUUACUAAAACAAUAGACAUCAUCGAGCCAAUUCAUAAUAUUUCGGUCUUGUGCUUCCCUGAAAAUUACAUAGUGGGAUACAAUAUUGUUAUAAAUUUAACAAUUAACGAUGGUUUUAAUGUAGAAUCAAAAUGGUUUGUAAAUGGUCAAAACAAAUUUACAAUACCUCAUUCAGGAAAAGGGUUCCGAGUGUAUUCGGACAUUCGACCAUAUGAUGAGCCUGGAACACUUCAGAUCUUAGUAAAUGUUAGUAAUUCAGUAUCGUACUCCGUGGAUUCGGUAACGGUAUAUAAUUACUACAAAAUCGAAGGUUUUCGUAUAUACGCUAAUCCAGGAACGAUUUAUGAAGAUGCGAGUAUUGAAUUAAAGUUAACUUCUGGAAGUCGGCAGCCCCAAGGAAUGAUAGACUAUAUUAUUGACUUUGGAGACGGCAACAGUACUUCCGGAAAAGUACUAUCUUCAGAUUCAAAUUUCAUAAAUCACGGACUUUCAUUUAAUAAACGGUAUUUUCAUGAGGCAAUUUAUAGAUUAGUAGUCAUAUUAGUUUCUCCCAUCGAUUCCUCGAAUUUAACAUCUGAAAUUAAAAUUGUCGAGCCUAUUCGAAACAUAACAUUUUGGACAAAGAAAUACCAUGAAGUCGGGGAGUUUCUGGUCAUCCAAGCAAACCUGUCCAAAGGUUUUAACGUCACAACAACUUGGAAAAUUGGAUCUGCACUCUCAAACGUCUUGAUUCAUGAAGGCACGGGAGAUAGAUACUUUAAUAUUACCGAGUCAAUUCUUGAAAAAGGUGGAAUAGACAUUACUGCAAAUGCAACCAAUAUAGUUUCCCAAGAAGCACACUCAUACACUACAUAUUUUUAUCAUCGUAUCAAUGGAAUAUUCCUGGUAACUAAUGUGACAUCGACAGUUCAGGCCGCGACAAUAUACCUUAAAACGGCAAAUUCAACACAAGUACCUCAAGGGCUAAUUGAUGUCAUGGUCGACUUUGGUGAUGGAACCAAUGAUAGUACAACGUUAGACUUGUCAUCGAAAGUACUUAUAGACCAAAACGUACCAUUUACUCAUCUAUAUCAAUAUGUUGGAAAUUACACUGUGACUGGAACACUUACAUCUCCAUUAGGAACUGAAGUUAUUACCUCAGACGUUGAGGUCAUUCAACCAAUUUUUGGAAUUGAGUUUGAAUGUAAAAAGUAUUUAGAAGUUGGAGAAGAAUUGGUUAUCAAUGCAACUCUGUUCGGUGGUUGGUGUGUAAUUACGGAAUGGAAUAUUGGAACAGGCGCACCUGUCGAGGUCUUUGAUGAUGGAAACGGAACUCGACAUUUCCAAAUUCGAUACAACGUGACUGAUAUUGGCGCUAUUACGAUAACUGUGAAUGCCAGGAACGAAGUUUCUCAUGCAUUUAACUCCACUGUUGUCUUUUAUUUAUACCCAGUAAACGGGUUUCAUAUUUCUCAUGGAAUUUAUUCAAUUUUGGAAGAUGCUGAGAUAUUUUUGAAUUUGUCCACUUCAACAAAAAUGCCUAUGGGACAGAUUGAGGUCACAACCGAUUUUGGUGAUGGAAAUAACAAUAUAACUAUACUUAACGGAAGUGAUGACACCAUCAUUACCAAUGGACUUCUGUUGAAACACCCUUUUUCCAGUGCUGCAAACUACACUGUCUCCAUUACAUUGACUUCCCAGAUAAAUUCAAUUCAGAUUUUGUCAAAACUUAGAAUCCUUGAACCUAUAUAUGGAAUAGAGUUAUUGUGUCCAGAAUAUAUAGAAGUUGGAGAAGAAAUACAAAUUCAAGCAACUCUUUUAGGAGGCCAUGAUGUAACAACAGAAUGGAUUUUCGGAAACAGAUCAAAAUUAGAAAUGGAUCAUUAUGGAAACGGUACACGAGAAUUCACGGUAAUCCAUAACGUUUCUGGAAGCGGGGAAGUAAAUAUCACAGUACAUGCAUACAGUCCCGUGUCUGUAAGAUCAAAUUCAACGGUUGUAUUCUUCUAUUAUGAAGUAAAUGGAUUUCUUAUAGAAGGUCCUACAACACUCUCAAAUAAUGAUUCAACCAAUGUAACCAUACGGCUUGACUCAAAUGCCCUAACUCCAAUGGGCGAUAUAAGCAUCGCUGUAAUGUUUGGUGAUGGCAAUACAACAGUGAUAUCGAUUGAAUCCAGCAAUACCAGUCUUUUAAAUCCUGGCUUGCUAUUCACUCAUAUGUAUAUGACCUUUGGAGAUUUCAUGAUAACUGCACAAGUAACAUCGCAUAUCAAUUCAGUAAACUAUACAACAAGCGUAGAACUGCUUGAACCAACAAAAGGAAUAGAGAUUUCUUGUCCUUUGUACAACAUUGUUGGAAAUAAUUUGCCUGUUUCGGUAAAGAUACUUUUCGGAACAAAACUUCAAUUGAUAUGGACAUUUGGUAAGAACAACACGGCAGUUCAUGAGAAAAUCGGUUCCGGUGUAAGAUCGGACAAUUUUUACCAACCUAUCCAAGACAAUGGUGAAAUAAAUAUUACUGUAGAAGCUCUCAACAAAGUUUCGUCUGUUCGAAAUUGGACUAUAUCUUACUACUUUUUUGAAAUUAAUGGAUUUUACAUCGAAAACAAUUCUACAGUUCAAACUACUGAAAUAGCUUCAAUAUUUUUAAAAUUAUCAUCAAGUGCUACACAACCACAGGGAGUUGUGGAUGUUGUUUUAUUUUUUGGAGAUGGAAAUGAAACACAUUUUAACAUAUCCUCGGAGGAUUCACUUCUACUCACCCCUGGUAUAUUUUUCGAUUAUGAAUAUCCAAUUCAAGGUGUAUAUCAUUUAAAUGCAAUUUUGACAUCUCAUGUAGGAACAACAAGUACAUCAUCUUAUAUUCAUAUUUGGGACAAAAUCAAUGUAACGCUCAACUCUUCUACUAUUGUCAGGGUAGGAGAAGAGAUAGUGUUUGAAUUUUUAAAUGUUCCUAAUUCAAAUUUUCUCUAUGAAAUACAGUACGGAGACAAUGAAACAAAAAAUAAUGUCAAAAGUGAUCUAUACCGUAGGUAUGAUUUUGAUACAUGGACAAAGAAGUAUACAUCGCCAAAUACAUAUACAGUGACAUUACGAGCAUGGAAUCCAGAAUAUGAACACACUUUCACGUACCAAAUUUUGGUCGAAUAUCCUUUAGUUGAUGAUUUUAUAAUAUUAUGGCCUAAACGUGACACUAUACCUAUUCCGGACGGAAAAAUGGAAUUUAUCUUGAAUGUAUCAUCUCCAUCUCCUACACCAUCUAACGUAUUCUGUACUUUUAACUACGGACAUGGCGAGGAUAGUCAUGGUAACGUAUCUGUGACUUUAGGUUUUGACAUGCCAGUUGAAAAGAAAUAUGUAUUCAAAUCAAACGGCUUAAAAAAUGUCACAUUCUUCUGCCAAAACUCUGUUAGCUCAAUUUUUAAAUUUUCUGAAAUAAAUGUCCUUACGUACACCCUAAAUGAUUUAAAAAUUCGCUAUGAAAAUCCAGUAAAUAUGAACAUGACGUUAAUGGCUCGAACUCCGACUGAUGAUAAUAGACAUCCGUAUCAAGGAGCGUCUAUUCCAGUAGUAGUCAAAUUUGACUUCCUUUUACGUGAUUGUUCUCGACUUCCAACGAACAUGCUAAUGUCGUGGAACUUUGGAGAUGGAAGUUCAGAAGUUGUAAACUCAACAAAACUUUAUCAAACACACCAGUUCAAAACUCGGGGUAUAUUUAACAUAGUUGUGGAUAUAAAUGACGAUAAUAAAGACACGAAAGAUACACGGAAUCUCGUUUUGCAGACAGGAGUAUUAUCAUUUAAAGUAAGUCCUAGCCAGGGAGAUUUACGUUACACGGUAUUCAAUAUGACAGCAGAGGGCUUGCUUGGUGAGGACGCAGAAUAUGUAUUUGAUGAAGACUCACAGGAACUUAGAAAUAAUGAGAAAACAAUUGUGUUUGACAAUGUAACAAUGAUUUCUGCAGCUUGGAAUCUGGUAGAAUAUGACACAUUUGGAUAUUAUAUACCUAAAAUGAUUGGAUCGAAUGGAACUCUAGUUGAAAUAGUGUAUUUAGACAAUCCAGUUAUUGCUGAUUUAAGCAUUGCCAGAGAUGAAUUGAGAUUAAGUGUACCAAAUUCGGUUCUCUUGCCGCCUGGUUCAGUGGAAUACAGAUUAAAUAUUGCGCCUGGCAAGUAUGAUUACCGUCCCUUUGUUUUUUGUACAGUUAAUACUGGGGACGAAGUUGAUCGAUCUUUGAAUAGUGACUUGUAUAACAUUACUUCUUCUAAUCCAUUUGUUUAUAGCUACAAGUACGUUGCUCUUGGUUCUCCGGUUGUUAAUAUCACAUGUCAUAACACAUUAUCUACGAGAACAUGGACAAAACCAGUGCUUGUUCACAAUGAAUGUUUUGAGGUAAAGGGGAUUUUUGACAGACAGUACUCAAUGGUUGAAUUUCCUAUGCCGGCGUGGACGUCCGAAAACUUUUAUAUUUCAAACAGAAUGGCAAUUCCUUCACAAACAUCGUGUGGAAGUGUGUCACCUGUUUUUCAUUGGGCGAUGUUUAAAGUGAAUGAAUCGGGGAUUGUCGACAAUAACAAUAAGCAACACGGCAUUGAGUCCAUUUCUGGUACUCUUUUUAUCAAAGCAGGUACUCUUGAACCUGGUCUAUACUACUUAAAUCUGACAGUUGAUCUGUCGACUACACACCUAUAUGAAUACAUCUAUAUCAAAUUCUCAAAACCACAGCCAUUUGCGUAUAUCGUAGGCGGAAGUAAGACAACGAUGAGACCAUCUAUUUAUAUUUUGCUGGACGCACUAGAAAAGUCCCACACUGCCAACAAUGGUUUUGGAAAUACUAAUGGAUUAACCUUUAGCUGGAUUUGCACAGACACAAGUGAUGGGUCAUUCCUUCUGGGAGCAAAUGCAUCUUUUGGCGUAAGACUUAAUGACACCAAUGUAACAACAACCCCAAUGACGUCCUCAUCUAGCAGCGCUUGUGGGUUACAAAAUUUUUCAAGUGGUGUGGCUAAGUUGCCUUUUAAUCAGGAUGUUGGUACUGAUAUAGCUGUAACGGUGACAGUGUUUGAUCAAACUCUUCAGGAUGAUUUUACACAAGUGAUAACUGUAGUCAGUACAGAAACUCCAGAACUUGCUAUCAAUUGUUCCUUCAACUGUGAUACAAAAGUUGCGAUUCGAGCAAAAACAUCCUUUAUGGGAUGGUGUAAGAGUUGCGAAAUGGAAAAUUCUACAAUGAACUAUGAAUGGAGAUUAUUGGUAAAGAGAGCAGAUUUUUCGUCCUAUGAAAUAGUACACGACUUUUCUAGGAACACAACAACAGAUUCCCAGUCGUUGGUUAUUCCUGAGAAUUUCCUAGAACCAGGUGUAGAGUACAUGUUGAUGUUGAACGCCAGUUACCUUGAUCAGGAUGGGUCAGCCGAAGUAUAUGCAAAAUUUUCCACAAAUUUCCCUCCAUAUAACGGAUUUUGCAAUUAUACAGUCGAAACUGACACGCCACUGCUCAGCAUUUUUUGCAAAAACUGGGCAGACGAAGGAUAUGAAAAUGACCAAAACUAUAAAAGAGAUCUUAAAGCUAAGCGACCUCUUAUAUAUCAAUAUGAAACAAAAACAAAAAGAAAAAUGACUCAUGGAAUAGAAGAAGUUGUCAAUAUAAUAUACAGAGGAAGCGAAAGUUCCAUAGAUAAAGAAUAUAUACAAAUAGGGGACAGUACCUAUGAAUAUCAUGUAUAUUUUAUUGUAAAAAUAUUUGAUCUUUUUGGAGAUUACACAGAAGUACAAUCGGGAGAAUUUUUGGUGACACCACCUGCUAAUACGCAGCCAGUGGAUGUAAAUGAUCGAACAACCGUUAGCAGAAUGUUUGAUAAUUUCACAAAGGAUUACGAAGGACGGAAACGUAGUGGUAACGAGGUGGCAGCAAUUCGACUGAUAGGAUCAACGGCGUCAUUAUUCAAAAAUUACUCUAACGCUGAUGCAACAACUACAGAAGAUGAUAUAAUGACUGGAAUAGCAAACACAGCUUACGUGGAUAAAAGCAUAUUCCCAAUUGUAGUGGAAUACCAAACAAUAAUGGCGCAUAUGCUCGACUUGCUUCAAUACGACCUACAAGUUCACUGUGAUACCAACAAAAAACACAGAUUCAGCAUCGCUGAUCUACAGUUAAUAUUCUCCUCUGUUGACUCCAUAACGCGCCUGCAAGACUACAUAACGUUUGAUAUUUUAGUGAACACUACACGGCUUAUGGACACAUUAGUCGUAUGUUUUGAAAUAAUGACAGAUAUAGACCCAUUUCCGGUGGGCUAUCUUAAUACAACGUAUGAAAAUGCAAAAGUCAUCCACAGAAUAAUAAAUCGCCUGUUGGACAUCAUGCUUCCAAAUCACCUCUUAGACUUGUCUGUGCCAAAUCAGAAAAAUAGUAUUAAAGAAAAACUGGUAAGAGAUGCAGAGCGCCAGAAGCGGCAAGAGGCGUUACUAUGGGCUGUUAAUGUCUCGACGCUCAUAGACUAUACAGAUCUAGACAACAAAGCAGGCAUGUUAUUUACCGUAAGAGAGCAUCGCCGGGGGAUACAAGAACAACAAAAAGAUCUGGCGCAGGAGUACUUUCCAGUGAUACAGCGUAUAUUAAGAAGAACACAAAAUGUUAUCCUUAGAACUAUAGUUCUUGAAGAGCGCCACACAAUGGACAGAACUGUUUUAUCUGUCAUUACAGAGAAAAUAACGAUUGACAGUAUACAAAACAGGACGGAUCAAUAUUUUGUCGGAAUUCAGCCCUCAAAUGGCACAUUCGAGCAGCUUACUGACAAAAUAGUCGCCAUGAAGAUAAACUAUUACAAAAAGAACCCCUUCAUUUAUGGACAAAACGCAUCAUCUCUGACAUCAGGAGUUUCAACUUUUGAUAUGGGAGAUGACAUUAAGUUAGACGUAAAACUUGCGAACAAUGGCAAUUUCAAGUAUCAAAAAUUCAUUCCUCUCAUAAAUCCAGAAUAUCCAGAAAAAAUGAUUUUCUUUACUUUUGAUGUUAUUAAUGAUGAUGAUGCGGCGAUCAUCUUUAUGAAUCCAGAUGGUUUUGAUAUUAACAAUCCUGUAAAUUUUACCUUGUAUACGUUCUAUGUAAGCGGUGACACGUUUCCAACGUCAUCAACUUAUGAUUUUAUGAAAAUUGUUGGAAUGCGCGACUGGGAAAAUAUUGGAUUCAAGAUAUUUCUUGAACAAGGCACAUGUCCAAAGGGAACUUGCUAUCUUGGGGUGAAACCAGAACAAGCACCAGAUUACAGUGUGUAUGUUCCAUCACAAAUGAGACGUAAACGAUCAGUAGUGGAAAACUCCACAGCUGCCACUCCUACAGGAGAUAAUUUUGUUCCCGUGGAAGCAAAUUUUAGCUUGGUCGUUUUUACCACUGGAUGCAGAAGUUGGAAUAAUUCUCAAAAUGCGUGGUCUUCAGAUGGUUGCAUGGUUCUAGAGAUGAGUAGCGUGAACGAAACUGUGUGCCGUUGCAGUGGUAACACAUUUUCAACAACGUUUUACGUUCCCCCAAACAUGAUUAAUUUCUUGACGGUGUUUGGCAAAUUUGACGUCACCAAUGCUUUUGUUUACGGUCCCCUCAUUGGAAUGCUUGUAAUCUACAUCAUAGCAGCAGUAUUUUUACGAAGGGAAGACAAAAAGGACCUCACAAGGUGGGCCGUUUAUUUCUUGGUGGAUCAUGAUGUAAAAGAUAAUUAUUUUUACCUCUUAACUGUACAAACUGGAAUGCGACGGGGUGCUGGAACAAAAUCAAACGUCAAUUUCGUACUAGUUGGAAACGAGGAAGACUCCGGCAUUAGAAUUUUAUCAGACGGAAUCAAAGAGGGAUUUGGAAUGGCAAGCAUCAAUCGAUACUUUAUGGGUACUAAAGAACCUUUAGGAGACCUGCGAUACCUUCGCAUUUGGCAUGAUAAUACUGGGAAAGGUGCAUACAAAAGCUGGUAUCUAAACCGUGUCAUUGUGGAUGACCUUCAAGAAAGAGACAGAUACGUAUUUCUCUGUGACAAAUGGCUCUCUCUGGAUGAUGAUGAUGGGAUGAUUGAAAGAGUGCUCCCUGUAUCCACAAAGGAAAAUGUACAUUCAUUUAAAGCACUGAUGAACGCGAAUACACAGAUGAACAUUACAGAUCAUCAUUUAUGGGUGUCUCUUCUUUUACGACCAAACAUAAGCCGUUUCAGUCGAGUGCAAAGAUUGACUACUUUAAUGGUCCUUCUAUUACUGGUUAUGAUUUCUAAUGCCAUGUUUUUCCAAUCAUCCACUGAAGAAAGUUCUUCAUUUCAAAUGGAAUUAGGAUUUAUCAGAUUCUCGUUGUCCACAUUGUAUGUCUCGGUAAUUGGUGUCAUUAUUACCACACCUCCAAUCUUAUUUGUAAUAAUAGCCUUUAGAAAGAGUAAAAUAAGACAAAAAAGGCAUACUGAUUCCACUAUCAUAAAUAAAGACGGUAAAAAUAAUUCAGCAAAAUACGACGUUUCAAAGAGCAACUGUAUCCUCCAAGAACUGAAUGAAGGUAUUAUGUUUGCUGACAAUAACUUGAACCUGCCAUUCUGGUUUGUCUAUCUAGCCUGGAUUACUCUUGUUCUGGCAGCUGCAGCAUGCGCAUUUUUCCUGCUGCUAUAUAGCAUGGAGUGGGGAAAAGAAAAAUCCGAAGAAUGGGUUACCUCUUUCUUGCUUUCUUUUCUUGAGUCGAUUUUGUUCGUUGAUCCAUUAAAGGUUGUGUUUGUUUCUUUGAUCUUUGCCACCAUUUUCAAAAGUAUGAGAGAAGAAAAACCUCCUUCAAUAGACCUUGACGAGUUACGGAAAGCAUCGAGUCAUUAUAAUGGUGAUUCGAGACAGAAUUUUCUAGCACUGGUUAACAACAUUCUUAAGAAAAAUGAGCCACCAAAUGAAGAGGAUUUGCACAUUCUUAGAAAAAGAAGACUGGAAGAGAAGAAAGCUCGAAAAGCCGCUUACGACAUUUUAUUUUUCGCCGUUUAUAUAUUUGUCCUGUUUAGUGCAAGUUACAUCCAAAGAGAUAUGAGAUCCUUUAAUUACAAAUGGAAUAUAGAAAACUACUUGCUAGCAAAUGGUGUUUCUCAGCUUGGAUUUUCAGGAAUCAAUGAAACAAAAGACUUCAUAAAUUGGAUCAACAGAACGCUAAUUCCCACUUUCUAUCCUGUAAAUGACUACCUGGGAAAAUCUCUGUCAGAAAUUGAUAAGAAAUGGUUUGGUGACGGAUCAAGCAUUCGAGUUGGACCUGCUCGAUUAAGACAAAUGAGAUCAAAGCGAGAAAUUUGUACAGUCUGGAGCAUUACGUGGCCGAAAAAUUGUGUUGAAAAAUAUUCGGAGCUAGAUGAGGAGACGUCUCCCUUUUGUCUUGGUUGGAAUCCUUACAACAAAACAACAUGCAGCGGCAUCACUUAUGAAAGUACAAUCAUAACUGCAAAUGCUUGGAAGUAUACCAAUGCAAAAGACAUUUGGGGGUUUUCCAUACUCGGCGAGUAUAAUUCGUACAGUGGUGGUGGAUACAUUUUAGAAUUUACAAAAAACAGAGAGCAGGCAGUUGCUAUGCUAAACGAACUCAUGAAAUAUUAUUGGAUCGACAGGGCUACAAGGGCAAUAUUUCUAGAGUUUACCGUUUAUAAUCCAAAUACGAACUUAUUUGCAUACGUAAUAUUUCUCUGCGAAUUCCCUGAAACGGGGGGAACUCUCAUAUGGACCGAUAUACAAUCAUUUCGACCAGUGUUAUCAUCGGAUGAAGUUGGAGCAUAUGCCAUUCUCUGUUACAUUGUAAUCAUUACAUACCUACUAGGAUACCUUUUCCGAAUCGUAUAUAAAACAGCCACGAAAGGUUGCUUGAAUUUCUUUAAAGCCCCAUGGAACAUAAUUGAUUUCAUCUUAACAAUUCUUGGAUUUUCAUGCAUUGGGAUAUACAUUUUACGUUAUAUAGACGCAUAUAAGGCAAUGCAAAUGUACUCGGAUAACAUUUUGACCGGAACAAACCAGUUUAUAAAUUUUGGACACAUUGUUGUAUGGGACAACUUAUUCAAUGCACUCUUUGCCAUAAUGGUCUUUAUUUCUACCCUAAAAAUGCUUCGGAUCCUUGGUUAUAACCGCAAAUUCACAGAAAUAAUAGCCGUAGUUACCAAUGCGGGAUCGGAAAUAGCAGGAUUCAGUGUGGUAUUCUUUGUAAUGUUUUCUGCAUUUGUAUUUUUUGGCUUCUUUUUGUUUGGCGUGCAUCUUGAAGGAUACAAAAGCGUUUUUGCAACGUGCAGCACACUUGCUAAUACCUUUAUUGGCAAGAAUAAACUUGACACGUUGAUGGUUGCUGCUCCAAAGACUGCCCAGUUUUAUUACUUCAUGUACAUGGUGUGCGUGAUAAUGAUGUUACUGACCAUGUUUGCUGCUAUACUGAAUAAAAGUAUUGCGGAAGUAAAAGCCGAGUUGGCAGAAUACACUGACACCAUUGGCAUUGUUGAUAUCUGCUGGAAAUCUGCCAAAAGUUUCUUUGGAAUGUUUUUCAGCUUCAACACAAGAAGUGAAGAUAUGCAGAACAAGAACGAAAAUGAAAAUAUGCAGAAGAUACAGUCCAUGCGAAAUGGGAGCAUUGAGGUUUCCAACGUAUUGGCUUUGAUAAGACAUACAUUCAAUGAGUUUGGUGACUUACAGAAGAAAGGGGUAAAACAGGAGGAAUUUUCACAGCUGCAUGUGCAUUCUAACCACCCACCAAAAGCCAAUGAUACCCGCCUGCAUGGAGACGUAAAGGGAAAACUAGAAACAAAAAUGCACCUGUAUCUUUAAGAUAAAAAACGACUGUUUUUUUAAAACAGUAAAUCAUUAACAAUUAAGUUUGACCCUGUUUAAGAUGUAUCAUCACAUUGUUCAAUGAUGAGUUUUUCUUGUUUCAAGUCCGGUUAAUCGCAAACACCGAUGGUUAUUCUUUAUUCCACAUGUACAUGUAAUAAUAUUUGUAAAUAUUAAUGAACUCUGCCUUCCUGGUCUCAUAAGAUGAUCCAUUGAUUUGUCAAGAUUUCCUUUAAGUACUUAUACAUGACAUUAAUGUUUAUGUCAUACUUUGUCAAAGUUUGUUAAAAAAGAUGUGUCAAAAAGAAUAGGUACAUUACAAUAUUGUUCGCGAAGUAUGUUUGAAUAAUGUUUUCUUGAAUGGUACAUCGUAUUUCAUUACACCGAGAAUUGUUGUUGUUAUUUAUCUUCAAACUGUAUUAAGUGUUUAUAAAAGUUUUCUGUGAUAUAACGUUUUUAAA